GUCAAAGGGUUGUGACAAGUUCAGAGAGUUGUCAUGGGAAAUUUGUCGCUGAACGAUUUUGAAGAUGUGAGCAUCGAAACACCCUAUGGAUAUUUGAUGGGUCGUUGGUACGGCAAUCGAAAGGACCGUCCUAUUUUGGCCCUACACGGUUGGCAGGACAAUCUGGGAAGCUUUGAUACGUUGAUACCGCUAUUACCUGAUUAUCUGGGAGUGCUGUGCAUCGAACUACCAGGACAUGGAUACUCUUCACCAUUGCCAGCUGGAAUGCAUUACAGUGCCGAUGAUUGGGUCCUUGUCAUAGGCAGAGUGAUGAAGGAGUACAACUGGAAGAAGGUCUCUUUGAUGGGUCACUCUCUGGGCGGCAUCUUGAGCUAUAUUCAUGCCUCACUCGCUCCUCAAACUGUGGACAUGAUCAUCACACUGGACAUUUGUUUGCCCCCCUUUGAUGCCCCUGAAUGCAUAGAGAAGAGGGCUCAAUAUAUGGAAAGACAUCUGGUGGAAGAAGAUCGCACUAGGCUAAUGGAAGUUCAGGAACCUCCUUCCUAUACGAUGUCCCAGCUACGAAAAGUUCUUAGUCGGGGAACCUUCAACUCGGUUCCUGUGGAGUUUGCUCAACAUUUGCUCAACCGAAGUGUGAGGAAAUCGCAGCUCUAUCCAGAUAAAUUCUAUUUCUUUCGUGAUGGUCGCUCAAAAUAUCACGCUCUUCUACCAUUUUGUGCUGAAAAGGGUCUCGAAAUGGCGAAACGUAUUAAGGACAAGCCCUAUCUCAUCAUUAAGGGCUCGGACUCUCCAUUUAUUGACUCGAGAUCAGAGGAGGUUAUUUCCUUUUUGGCCAAGAAUAAUCCUUACUUUGAAUUUCAUGAAGUGUCUGGACUACAUCAUGUGCAUCUAACAAAUGCCACAGAGUGUGCCAAGUUUAUAGUUCCCUUUCUGAGGCGACACCGACCGCCCCCUGCAGCAGGAGUGGUGAAUUCACCGGGAAAAGGCAAACUGUAGCAACAUUUGGUUACUGUAUGUGUAUAAAAUUCAUGUCGACGGGUAUUCAAUAUAAAUUCGUUCAAGUAACAUUUAAUUUAAAAAAAAUAAAUUAAUUAAAAUAUAUAAUAAUAAAAUUGCUUAACCUCAUUGCUCACUCACUCAUCAUUGUUCAGUACAAACUGC